AUGGACGCCGCAUUGCGCGCCUCUCCUUCUCAAGUCGACCUUUGCCUGCAGAAUCUUACCCUCAGCGUCGCCUCAUAUGUCUCGGACCAUGGCCCCGCUGCGGCGGCUGACGCCAGCGCCGCUGCAGCGCUGGCCUCCUUGAGCCUCAAGCGUCUCCAAGACCUGCAGGCCCGCAUCGCCGAACAGCCUUACAGCAUCUCUCUCCGCCUCCAGGUCGCCGAGCUCUACCGCGCACUUGCUUUCCCCGAUCUCGCCGCUGGGGAGGCCUACAGAGCUCUUUUGCUAGUCGACGAAGUGCUCGACGAGUCUGGCGAAUAUCAUGAGCAAGCUCUGGAAGACAUCCAAGAGGAAAUCGCUGCGAAGCCUGCCUCCUUCCGCUUCUACCUGGCGCAUAAACAUAGCGACAGGUUCCUUGAACUAUCGCAGCGUCUCAGCGACUUCCAACACUCAGAGGAAAAAUGCGACGUUGAGGUUGAAGAAGAAGAGGCCUCCCUGUGGGCCCAGACUCUCUGGAUUGACGCAACGUAUGCCUUUGUCACGGGGAAUCUGCUAGCAUGCGGAUGUCUUAAGAGCGCCCACGACUUUUGCUCUCGAGGCUUGAAGGCCAACCCCAACAACCCCCAUCUUCUUAAAUUUCGCGAGCUUCUCAACCAGCGAUUGAGCAACCAUUUCGCUUCUCGUGGCUUUAGCCUCGACGACGAAGACAUCACCCCUGAUGACUAUCCGGAUCGCACUUUCGUGAGGCGCGAGCUAUACCCCUGGAACACUUUCGAACCGGAUAGGUACUCUCCCGAGUCCCUCGUCCUGCUCAACGAACAGAUCAGGUCCAUCGCACCGAAGCUCGAAGCACGGGUCACGGAACUCCCGCUUCUGACGCCCGAUGCCGAUCCAACCACCGGCCGCGAUCCUUCCGGCGAGUCAGCGCAGGCGACGAUCAAACAGCUCGGCGUAUUCGCACGAGAGGACGUGACUCCGGGCGAGAUGAUCCUAGAUGAGAAGUCCCUGCUCACCGCAAACGCCCGACUCCACGACUCAUACUGCGAUGCCUGCAGCGCUCCACUGCCAGAUCUGCGCAACAGCUCAGAAGCGAGCCAGUGCGCCUUCUGCGAGGAUUGUGAUGAUAUUGUAUUCUGCAGUCAAGAUUGCCAUGAUCUAGCCCAGGAAGCAUAUCAUCCUGCCCUGUGCGGCAAUGAUGUGGAAGCCAUCGCCAAAGAUGCUUCCGCGGCUGAAGCAGCUGAUGCGCUGUACUCUUUGUUGCUGCUCCGCGCCUUGGCAAUGGCCGAGACCCAAGACGUCCACCCGCUCGAGCUAAAAGAGCUAAAAUACAUUUGGGGCGACUAUCACAUCCCGCCUUCAGGCAGCCCCAACGUGCCCCUUACGCCCUCGCCACUAGGACCCGCCAAAAAUGCUUUCGGCGAUGCCCCUCGGACGUUACCUUUCUCAUUCAGCGCCAAUGUCUUAACGCCGCUCCACAUGCUCGAGAAGAUGGACGUCAACAUCUUCACCGCCUCCGCCAACUACGAUUUCUGGGUCUUCAACACGCUCUACGCGAAGUUCCGCGGCACAGCAUCUGCCCGCCAAGGCCGGGACGGUAAGCCUGAUGUUGGUGCCGUGCAUCCGCUCUGGUGCCUCGCCAAUCACAGCUGUGAUCCGAACGUUUCUUGGGAGUGGCAGGGAAACAUGCGCUUCUGGGUCCGCAAGGAACGGGUGGCCUGGAAGGGCCGGAAGGGCGGAGGCGCCGCUCCCGAAAGCAGUCAACCGGGCCUGCGGAAGGGCGAUGAGAUCAUGAGCCAUUAUUGUGACAUCGAUCUCUCCGUCAAGGAUAGACGCGAAUGGGCUGCAGGCGCGCUCGGCGGCAUGUGCAUGUGCGAGCGGUGCGUGUGGGAGGCGGCACACCCGGAAACCCCGUAA